UUAACUUUUUUAUUUUUAUUUUCUAGUUUAAAAAUUUUAAUUCUUUUAAAGACAAUUAAUUUUUGAUUUUAUUUCUUUUUUGUCAUAAAUUCUAUGAAAGCAAUGUCAAUAUUCAUGGUCAAAUGUGCAACAAUAGUUAAAAUUUAAAUUAAAACAAAAAUAUGUUUUGCAACAAUCAGUUAAAUUUUGGUUAAAAUGCCUGUUGGGGGGUUGGGGGGUGCCAAAAAUCGGCAAAACCGAUGGUAAGCUGAAAAAAUUCAAAAAAAAACCCUUGAUUCCAUUCAAAUCAAAUUUUGACUUUUUAAAUAUGAAACAAUGCAAGUUGAUGCCUCAUCUCCUGAAUCUCUAAACAUAAUUAAAGCUUCCACUUCAAUGGAAGUGAUUGAUUCGUCAGCAUUUAAUAUAAGAUAGUUGAUGUAAAAAUUAACGGCUGGAAUCGGUUCCAAUGUUUUCAAUUGUUUAAUUGCUUGUGGAAAUGUAACUUGAAGUUGUGGACUAAAUUUUUCAAAUGUCUCGAUGUAGGAAUUGCAGAUUGAGUCGCCACCUCCAUGAAUGCCUAAAGAGAGAUAAAAAUUAGAUUUUUUUUGUAUGUCCAACAGGAUGUUCUUGCCAUACUUACCAGAAAUGACAGCAAUCACGAUGAACAAUUCACAAAAAAUUAAUUUCAUUUUCUUUAGCUUUUGAACCUUUUUAGAAAGUUAUCCAGGAACUAGUUUGCUCUCCACCAUUUUUGUUUGACUUUAUAUAGCAUUGAAAAGUCGUGAUAAAAGCUACUUCCUUCAUUUUUUAAUAUGAUAUGAUUUUAGUGUCAUUCCUGUGUCAUUUUGUAACUGGAUAUUAAACUUAAUUAUAGCUUUUCCUAGGACAUUUAUUUAAAGUCAUUCGUGAUCAACAAACCUAGCGUUACUCACUCAAACUAUAUCAUUUUUUACUUGCAGUUAAAAUUUUUGAGAUCAUCAGUAAUUCAGUCAUAAAUAAAAAAUAUUGCAACAAAGCCAAGAAACUUGUUGAAAGUUUCUCAAAAAAAAAAAAAACAUAACAAGAGAAUCAAAAAUAAGAAGACAAACUUAAAUGCUCUAUAAAUAAAUCAACUCGGUCUGUGACGACAACACUUUCAUUAUUUUCAAUUGCAGUAAACAGUGAGCAAGAGUAAAUAAAUAAGAAUAGCUCAGAUCAAUCGCACUAAAUUAAGCUCGUCGUUAAAUGAAUCAAUGAGUUCUUAAAAUAAGGUCGAAAAAUACCGCAGCAUCCGAAGGUGCGAAGCAUCGCAAUAGUGUGAUAAAGUCAAUUAAUCACAGCGUCCAUAGGAACGAGGAAGCGAUCGUUCAAUAGUCGACGAUUCACAAAAAAUUCCCAUUUAGUUAUCGAUCAAUUUUUGAGUCGUGAAGAUCGUUCUAGAAGUAAAAGAAAAAAAUAGUUUAAAGUGAAAAGAUGAGUAAACGUGCUGAGCCACUAACCAAAGGAUCUUUGAUCCUCCAGGAAAAGCCAUUCGCCUACAUUGUCAAAUCAAAAUUUAUUAAAGAGCGUUGCGACUUUUGUCUGUCGACUGGAAAGCUCCUCAAGUGUGGCGGAUGUCAUUUCACCCAUUAUUGUGGUGUCUUAUGUCAACGUGAUGCCUGGGCUGAACACAAGUAUGAGUGCCUGUGCAUGAAGAAAAUUUUACCACGAUCAAUUCCAGAUGCAGCUCGUAUAAUGGCCAAAAUCAUAUGGAAACUUCAAUAUGGUGGAUAUUUGCAGAAAUUUUACUAUUCACGUAAUGGAUUUAGAAAGUUCAAUGACCUGAUGGCUCAUUUAGAGGACAUUAAGUGGGACGAGAAGAGAAUGGAACAUGUUCAGAGUCUUUAUGCUGUCCUUAAGGAAUAUCUUGCACCUGAGCACCUCCCAAAUCAGACAGAAUUCUUAGGUAUCUAUGGACGACUCUGCAUCAACAGCUUCAACAUUCUUGAUGAUGACUUGAACUCAAUUGGAACUGGAAUUUAUCUUGCUGCAUCAAUUCUCGAUCAUAGUUGUAAUCCAAAUGCUGUUGCAACAUUUGAAGGACCACAAUUGAGUAUCAGAUUAAUUGAGGAUAUCCCAGAACUUAAAUGGGACCAAAUUAGAAUUUCAUAUGUUGAACUACUCGACUUGCCAGAGACACGCAAGGAAGAACUCAGAAGGUCUUACUAUUUCGAUUGUGACUGCGACAGAUGUAAAGAUGAGAAACAGAGAGCUAAGAUGGUUGCAAUGGCAUGUCCAAAAGAGGGAUGUGAUGGAUACAUUGAUGUUAUGGAUGAAAAGUGUAAGGAAUGUCAGACAGAAAUUAAAGAGGAGCAUCGUAGUGCUUUUGAUGAUGUGCUUGAUAUGACAAAGGUUAUGCUUCAGGAAAUGCAGGAAACACGAUAUAUUGACAUUUGCCGAAAUCUAAUAAAAAAACAAACUGGUGUUCUUCAUGACAAGAACAUCUGGCAUCUUAAGACACUGGAUCUUGCUUUUGAAUCUGCCAUUGACUUUGAAGCAUGGGAGGAAGCUGUUGGAUAUGGAAAGAAAUUCGUUCAAGGACUAUCCUUCUACACAUCGCCACUCAAUCCACUUGUCGGCAUCGAUCACCUGAAAUUAGGUAAAAUUUAUCCACACCUAAACGAAUUUCAGACUGCCAUUCAUCACAUUCGUGAGGCCGGUGAUGUGUUAAAGUUUACGCAUGGCGAUCAGUCACGUGUUAUGCGUGACUUUGUGAGACCGUUGUUGCGCGAGACACAAAUCAUGUUGGAGGAGAGUCAGAGGAUUAAAAUGCCACCACCAAGUGAGGAAGAGGAGGAAGAAGCUGCUGAAGCUUAAUUUUUUUUUACUUUAGUUUGAAAAUAUUUUUUGAUUUUAUUUUGUUUCUAAAAAAAUUUGAAAAAUUGAGAAUUCUUUUGAAUUUUAAUGAUAUUUGGUCCGAGCAACAUAGGGGAUUUUUGGGAGUCAUGGAGCAAUGAUGGAGUCCAAGAUUAAAUAAGACAUAUCUUGGAUCAUAAUCAGAAUUAAUAGUUGUCAUGAUGAAUGCUGUGUUGCUCGGGGUUUAGACUGUGCUUUGGUUGAGCUUAGCUGAAUAUGAAUCAUAUAGGAUACCAUCUGUGGUACUCUACUAGUUUUGGUCGUCUACAUGACAUGCUCCAGGUGUUUACAUUUGCUAAUGAGAUUGAUUAAGGUUGCUUAGCUAGCCUAGUAUCCUAGCUAAGCACACCUAACCUAGCUUUCUCGGACUAGAAUAUUUUCCAUAGCCGUUUGUACCUACCACUUGAAAAUCAGCUCAAAAACUAAGGACCGGCUCUACAAAAAGUCAAAUCUUAAGAUUCAAGCAUCAUCAACUUAGUUCUCAAAAAGCACAGCACUCAAAACUUACAAUUAAGAAACUAUAAACGUUGAUAGAAAUUUUCAAAAAAUAUCGUUAAAAUUUGAUAUUGGAAGUUAAGUCUUUGACUGUCCAAUUUACUUUUAAAAUGUUUUAAAAAAUAUUGAGGCUAACAAACCUCGAAUCGUAAUGUUUAUGAACUAUCCAUGUAUGUAAAUAGAGAACAAAAAAAAAAGAUAAGUUUAAUAAAAGUUUAC